AAAUAAAGGUUAUUUAAGACGAAGGCCGCAAACUUCAAAAUGUUACCCAUUUCGUGAACCUUAUGUGCGUGGUGGCAACGCUUUAGUAUUUUUCUUAUCAUAAUAUACGAAAACAUCAAUACAAGGCAUGGGAUACAUGUCCCAUCCCUAUUGAGGAUUCUCAGUUUGUUUUGGUUUUGAAAAUGGAGCACGCGACAAAUGACUUGAAGGAGUUUAUCACGGACCUGGUGAUUCCACACCAACGCUACAGUGUGAACAUUAACCCGGACCACAUCACCAUGCUGGAUGGCACCAAAAUCAAGAAGCAGCUUUCACGCAAACGCCGUCCAAACAAAUCGUCGACGCUAAGCCGCAAGGAAUAUGCCAAACUUGGAUUAAAUACACUCCCGACCAAGCAGAUGAAAUACGAGGAGGCCUUGCCACUUCAUAAUCUCUGGAAGGGAUAUGUCCGGGAGCAUCUGGAGCUGAGGGAAGGAGACGAGGUGCCACAAGUUCAUGAUCCUCGUUACGAGGAGUUCAGCAAGCAGCUUGUUAAACUGGACUUACAUGGCGCCAAGCUAAAAGUCCUGCAAUCCAAAUGUCGCACGCUAGAGAAUCUUUCUGGAAUAUGUGUCAUGGACACCAAGAACGUUCUGAAACUCCUCGGCGAGGACCACCGGAUUAGAACAAUUCCCAAGAGCGAGUGCGUUUUCGGCUUAAAAGUGGGCAACAUGGAUUUCACCAUUUUCGGACAGCACCUGAACAUUCGACCUGCCGAGCGCAGCGUGAAGAAGAUAAAGAACUUUGUGGAGCCCUUCAUGUAGGAACCUUAAACCUAUCGCUAGCCUAAGAACUGAACUGGAACCUUUUGAAUGUUACAUUUAACUUUCGAAAAACUUAUUUUAUUC